AACCGAGCGUCGCAGAGAACACAACGCUGGCGCAGAAUGACGGCCAAGAUGAAGAUGCGGUCGCAGCUGCAUUUGCUGACGGGCUUCACGGCGGGAUUCGUCCUGGCCUUCGUGCUCCUCCUGUACGUCUACGAUGUGAACCGCGUGACGCCCUGCUGGAGCAGCUCCACCUCAACGAUAUCCGCGGAAACCUCAUUCAGAAUGCAGGAUGCUUCUUCCUCUCCCUCACGGAUUCUAUGCAUGGUGCUCACCUGUCCCGAGAACGUGGCCACCUUGGCCCGGACUGUCCACGACACUUGGGGCCAGCGCUGCAGCCACCUGAUCUUCGCCAGCAGCGAGGACUACGAGCAACUGGGCGUGGUUCAGGUGGUGGAGCCAGGAGGCGGUGGCUACGAGGAUCUGUGGAACAAGACGCGCGAGGGAUUCCGUCAUGUGUGGCAGCACUUUGGCCGGGACUUCGACUGGUUCCUCAAGGCGGACGACGACACGUAUGUUGUCAUGGAGAACCUGCAGCACCUGCUCAGCGGUUUCGAUCCGGAUACACCCGUCUACUUCGGCUACAAAAUGUCACGAUAUAAUGUGAGCUAUAUGUCGGGAGGAGCUUCGUACAUCCUGAGUCGUGAGGCCCUCCAUCGAUUUAUGACCCAAGCCUACGAAUCGGAGUUGAUUUGUCCGCAGCCGAAGAAGAUGGGCAUCGAGGACUUUUACAUGGGGAUAUGUCUGCAGAAUGUGGGAGUUCACUUCGUCGAUUCGGCACAGACUUUGGAUGGGGACACCAGGCCAAAGUUCAUGCCUCUGGACCUGGAAAACUAUAUGCAAGAUGGCAAUUCAACUUUGCCGGAUUGGUUGCGUCUCAUGAGUGUGUCUCGAGUUGAAAGUGGCUUGAGAUGCUGCUCCAAUUAUUCUGCGGCCUUUCAUUAUGCCAGUCGCGAACGCAUGUUGCUCUACGAGUUUCUAAUCUAUCAUCUGAAAGUGUUCAGUCCCAACCAGAAUUCGGAAAGCAAUCGGGGGAAUCUAUUAACCUUAUCUGAUUUGAUGAGGCGAUUUCCUCUGGAAGACAAUUCCAAUGUUAAAGACUUGCUGCAAAUGUCGGAGAAGCCUGACAAUUUUUAGAUAUUUAUUAGUAUUCUUACUAUAGCUAUUAAGAUUUUAUACAUGUGAUAUAAGCUAAUGAAUACAAAAUGUUAUCGAAUAAACUAUAAGGCACGCCACCGGUUUUUAUC